CUGAACCAAUCAGAAGAGGAAACCCCCAACUAAUUCAUCCGCACCUCUUUUGCCUGUGGUCUAUAUAAAUACUCCCAAAUCAAACCCCUCUCUCUGUUUUUAUUCCAUACCGAAAUACACAUUCACGGAUCAAAAAAAGACCCCAUCUUUAAUUUCCUCUCCGGUACACUCAUCAGAUCAAAAAGAUCCCUCCUUUCUCCGGCGAUCCAGAAUGAAUACUGACAGUGGCAAGAGCCUUGCCGACUACCCGGACGAACCAGCAAUGAAAGCUGAUCUUCAGUUCCCAGUUCAUAUGUUCUGUAGUUUACUGGUGGGCGGCGAAUACAGCGAAAAAGUUAGUCGCCCGGCUCCCGUCUUCCUCUCCGCCGUUCUCCAAUACAUCGCGGCUGAGGUUAUGGAAGUUGCUGGAAACAUAGCCAAGGCCGACAACAAGACUACUAUUAUGCCAAGUCACAUCAAGCGUGCCAUUAGGAGCGAUGAGGGUUUGAACAAGCUUUUGGGUGAGCUUUAUGAGCCUGCUUCUAGGAACCACAAUGCAGAGUGGUUGGGCAAGCUUUUUGCGGCGGCUGUUACUAUUGAUGACGAUGACAGCAUGUGUAUGUCAGAGUAACAACGAGGGAAAGGCGUCGUCGGCUCAGCAUCUUAACCCUAGUUCUUAGAGGUUUCCCUCUCAGUAUAAUGGAAGGCCUUUCUUUGAAUUUCCAAAGUAAAUUAUGGGGGUGUAAUUCUCCCCUUUAGUUAUUUAUGCCCUCUGUUUUUGUAUCAUGGCAAUUCUAGACUUCAUACCAUAGUUUACAAACUCGCGAUCAUGACUUCAUACUUUGGCGAUCCCCA